CGGAUCCUGCUGGCUUUGCCACGACGCGCAGCCCCAGCUUUUCCACAGGGGGGCGUCCGUCGAUCGCACCGCAGGGAAGACGGGGCGUCCUACCGGGUCUUUUUCCCUUCUCGGUUUAAAAGAAGGCGCGCCGGUUUUUCUCCUUAAUCGCCGUGCGCGCCAUUUCAUUACGGGGAGCUUCGCCUACAAUCCCAUCCGAAGGCAGUCUCCGCCCCGUUGCGUGUGUUGGAAACCUUCUUGCUUAGCCCGUGUCAGCAGCUCUUCUUAGCGCCGUCUGGCUUCUGCACGCUCACCAGGACUUGCGCGGCGGGACUCGCUUCUCCCUUCUCUCCCCCCCUUUUUUUUCCUCACUUAGAAGCUCCUCCCAGAUCAUCCCAACAUUUUUAAUUUUUUUUAAAAAAAAAAUAUUUAGUGGCGUCGUUGCCUCGGAUUGCAAAUCCAACCUUUACCGCGCUCCAAAUCAACUUGCCCAAAGUUUUGAUUCAAAACAGUAUCUGGAGGGGAGGGAGGGCUCGACGAGGCUGAGCCGAGAGAAAGAACAUGGGUUUCAACGACCGAGGUGGUCGCAGCAGCUGCCCCCGCCUGGCGCUCCUCGUCUUGCUUUGUUGCGUCGGAUCUCUCGCUGCCAACCGGAGAAAUAUCCCGCGGCGACAAGAUAGGUUGGGCCCUCCUGUGGACAUAACACUGGAUUCUUUGAACUGCACCGCACUUAGUAUUCAAUGGAGAAUGCCUCAGCAGCAUGCGAAUACCAUCACAGGGUACACUGUGUUCUACACUGAGGUCAAGACUGAUCAACCAUCUAGGCAAAAGUCUCAUGAUGUACCUCUCAGUUUGGAUAUGCUUGGCAUGGGUCAGAUGGAUGGGCAAGCAAUUUUUGAAGUUGUUAUUGGAGAUCUGAAGCCAGGGACCCUCCAUAGGGUCAGCAUAGGAGCUUAUGGCUGGGCAGGAAGAGGCAAAGCCAGCAUGCCUAGAAAUGUGACAACUCUAUCACAAGAUAAAUGUAUGCCGCCAGCUCCACCUAGUCAGCCUCAAGUCAUUGUUGUUUCAGAUUCAGAAGUUGCUUUAUCAUGGAAACCAGGACCAAGGGAAGGAAGUUCUCCAAUUGAGUACUACACAGUGGAAUUUAUCAGACCCGAUUUGGAUACCAAUUGGACAGCAAUUAGAGAGCAGAUCCAGAUGGACUCUAUGAUCCUGAAAGGGUUAACUCCAAACAACAAGUAUCAGUUUGCCAUCCGAGCUACAAAUUCAUACGGGUCGAGUCCGCCAAGCAUUGCCAGUGAUAUAAUCAGAAUGUUCUACCCAGAAGUGUUAGGGAGCGGAAGCUACGGACAUCCAUACAUGACUGAGUCUGGAAAUGGUGAUGAUGAUGGAAUUGACAUUGAUGAUUCAGACUAUGACAUUUAUAUCGAUGAGCUCAAACCACUUCCUACCAGCAAAGGAGACAAUACAAAUUUUUUGCUUGAAACCAACCUAAUACAAGGAUCUAAUGCAGAACUCCUUUCCGGGCUGCUUUCACCUACUACAUAUCCUGUCACUUCUAUGGCAACAACUACAUUCCUACCACGCGCUACAAUCCCUUCCAGCAUUACCGCUAAGGCCAUCAGGAGGAACAGCGGGACUUCAGUUGUACGACAAUCUGAUCAGUCCUGUGAUGAAACCAUCUGCUCCACCAACAGCUUUUGCAUCAAUGAUUAUGAGCGGAGCGGCUCUCGUUGCCACUGCAACCUUGGCAAAGGAGGGGAGAGUUGUUCAGAAGAUAUUAAUAUUCAGUAUCCUCAAUUCUUUGGAUAUUCCUAUGUCUCCUUUGAGCCUCUUAAGAAUUCCUAUCAGACAUUCCAAAUUACUGUUGAAUUUAUGGCAGAAGGAGAGGAUGGUUUGCUUCUGUAUUGUGGAGAGAAUGAGCAUGGUCGGGGUGAUUUCAUGUCACUGGCAAUCAUCAGGCAAAAUGUUCAAUUCAGAUUCAACUGUGGAACUGGAAUUGCAAUAGUGACAAGCAAGGACAAAAUUAAACUGGGCAGUUGGCACACUGUGACUAUAUUUAGAGAUGGAGUAGAUGGAUGGCUUAGUUUGGAUAACAGUCCACCAGUUCCUGGAAAAUCUCAGGGUCAAUAUAGCAAAAUUACUUUUCGGACUCCCUUCUACCUUGGUGGUGCUCCUACAGCUUAUUGGCUUGUGAAGUCAGUAGGAAUCAACCAUGGCUUCCAAGGGUGUGUUCAGUCACUCACUAUUAAUGGAAAGCCCAUUGACAUGAGACCCUGGCCUCUGGGAAAAAGCCUUAGUGGGGCAGAUGUUGGUGAAUGUAGCAGUGGGAUAUGUGAUGAAGCGUCUUGCAUUAAUGGUGGUACCUGCACGGCCAGCAAAGCCGAUCGAUACAUUUGCCUUUGCCCACUUGGAUUUAAAGGCCGCCACUGUGAAGAAGUUUUCACCCUCACUAUACCUCAGUUCAAUGAGACAUUGAAAUCUUUUGCUGUUACCCCCUGGCCAUUAGAGCCAGUCAGCUAUCUUUCUUUCAUGGAAUUUGAGAUCACAUUUCGUCCAGAUGCAGCGAAUGGUGUCCUGUUGUAUAGUUACGAUACAGGCAGCAAAGACUUCCUGUCCAUUUGCAUUGUGGACAGCUAUGUGGAAUUCAGGUUUGACUGCGGCUCAGGAACUGCUAUUAUCAGGAGCGAAGACCCCAUCACUUUGAACCAGUGGCAUGAGCUCAAAGUGUCACGCACAGCCAAAAAUGGCAUUUUGCAGGUUGAUAAGCAAACUCCAGUAGAAGGAAUGGCAGAGGGAGCUUUCACACAGAUUAAAUGUAACCCUGAGAUCUUCAUAGGUGGAGUACCAAAUUAUGACGAUGUGAAAAAGAACUCAGGUGUUCUGAAACCAUUCUCUGGAAGUAUUCAGAAGAUAGUUUUGAAUGACCGGACGAUAGACACGAAGCAGGAUUUCACAGCUGGAGUCAACUUAGGGAACACGGUCCAUCCCUGUGUGAAUGCCCCCUGUGACAACGGGGGCUCCUGCGUGCCCAAGAAAGAUGGGUAUGAAUGUGAUUGCCCUUUGGGUUUUGAAGGGCAAAACUGCCAGAAAGCUGUGAUGGAAGCCAUUGAAAUUCCACAGUUCAUCGGUCGCAGUUAUCUUACAUACGACAAUCCAGACAUUCUUAAAAGAGUGUCGGGAUCAAGAACAAAUGUGUUUAUGAGGUUUAAGACUACAUUGAUGGAUGGUCUAUUGUUAUGGAGAGGUGAUAGCCCAAUGCGAUCCAACAGUGACUUCAUCUCCCUUGGUCUUCAGGAUGGUUGCUUGGUCUUCAGUUACAAUCUGGGUAGUGGCAUUGCUUAUAUAACAGUGAAUGGCUCUUUCAGUGAUGGCCGAUGGCAUAAAGUUAAGGCAGUUCGGGAUGGACAAUCUGGGAAGAUCACGGUCGAUGAUUAUGGUGCAAGAACUGGCAAAUCACCAGGAAUGAUGAGACAGUUGAAUAUUAAUGGGGAUUUAUUUGUUGGGGGAAUGAAAGAAAUAGCACUGCAUACAAACAGACAGUACAUGAAAGGUCUGGUAGGUUGUAUCUCGCACUUCACGCUUUCUACAGAUUUUCAUAUUUCACUAGUUGAAGAUGCAGCUGAUGGGAAGAACAUUAACACUUGUGGGAGAAAGUAAUAGACAGACACCCGUCACCACACGGGAAGAUGACGUUGUGUAGCAGCGACGGCAAAAUGACUGCUCUUGCACAGUGAGGACUUCUCCCACGAAACACCUGGAAGAGGAAAUCAGAAGUGAAGCGAAAGCAAAACGAAAGGGACCAUUUGCCAUUUCUCUUUUCUUUUGGAUGUUGCGCUCUUUCAGUCAUACCAAAUGCUUUAUAUAGGGACUAUCCCAAUUUUUGCUACUUCAACUACAGGGCAAAUCUCACCAAAUCCUAGCACCGCUGCAAAAGGCUGGUGUUUUUCUUGACAUAAAACCUACAGCUUUGGCAAAUCUUAUCUAUCAGGCAUGUCUGGUUCAUAGGUGAGUUGCAUUUACCAGGGCCAGUUUACCCCAUGACUAAGAAAUGGCUCAGAUGUGCAGGAGUUUGCAGUAUUUAUUUUGUUUAUUUGAUAGUUUUCUAUUUUGCCUUCCCUCAAGAGCUCAAGAAGGCACAGCACAGGCCUCCUUCCAAUUUCCUCUACUCUUAUCAGUAUCUACUCUAUCAGUAUCAGUAUCUAUUCUAUCAGGAACUUGGUGGCUGAGUGGCUAAGACGCUGAGCUUGUUGAUCGAAAGGUCGGUAGUUCAGUGGUUCGAAUCCCUAGUGCCGCAUAAGGGUGAGCUCCUGUUACUUGUCCCAGCUUCUGCCAACCUAGAAAUUCGAAAGCACGUAAAAAAUGCAAGUAAAAAAAUGGGGACCACCUUUGGUGGGAAGGUAACAGUGUUCCGUGCGCCUUUGGCGUUUAGUCAUGCCAGUCACAUGACCACAGAGAUGUCUUCAGACAGCGCUGGCUCUUCGGCUUUGAAACAGAGAUGAGUACCGCCCCCUAGAGUCGGGAACAACUGGCACAUAUGUGUGAGGGGAACCUUUACCUUUACCUAUCAGAUAGGUUGGGUUUAAUAAGAGUGACAAGCCCAAGGCACCAGUGGGUCUCCGGCCAUGGAGAGGCAUGAACGUCUCUGGUCUUAGCCCAAUAUUUUCAGCAUUACACUGUACUGGCCUUAGUUAUGGCGCCCAGGGCUUCUGAGUGUGGGAGCAACUCCUACCUCAUCUUACUGUAAGGUCUCUGUUUAUAUUUCCCACAGCUGUGCAUUUUUUGCUCCUGCUCCUCAGUUCUUCUCCUUUAGAAAUAGCAUGUGGAUUGGCCCAUCCAUAUUAGAGGGUAGAGCAAUGGUCAUUAAAGUUCAAUACUAUCAACAACCAUAGUUGUAUGGUAGCAUGGACUCAAAGAGCUGCUCCCCAAAUAUAGCCCGACUUCUUUGAGUGCGGUGCUAAAGCCAGAAUCACCAGCUGAAUUGUCACCUACGAAGGGGUGGCGGUGAAGUCUACCAGCAGAGAACAUGGAGGUUAUGUUCAACAGCAAGACCGUUGGGACUGUGCGUGAACAGAAAAAUGUUCUUUGGGUCUAUGUGUUCUAUUGGCCACAAGGAACCGUGGGAAGUUGCUUUCUCCCUUAUUAUGUAGCCCAGGCCCACAAGUUAGAUGGGAUUGUGCUCCAUAGUAGGUGCUAUUUGCCAUGCAACAUUCAGAAAAUUUAGAUGAGUUGGUUUUUAAUAACAAUUUUGAAAAUAUUAAAAUUUGUUUGGAUUUAGAAUCGGUUUUCAGAAAAGUU